CAAUUUUGCUAGUUAUAUCAGAAAAUAAAGGCAGUUUUGGUCUGAACGCGCGGUGCCUCGUCGCUUUUCGGUUGGAGAACAGCUACGGAGAGUAUUUUUACACGUUACACGAUGAGCCGCAAUGGAAGGCGACGUAGCCGAAGCCGCAGCCCACUGCGCGGCCGUGGUGGAGGUCCACCGGCCAGUCGGUACGAGAUCGGUAAGGUACAGUCGCUCCGCCCAGUGCAGUGGUCGCAGCUGAAGCUGGAAACCGUUGUACGGGAAACGUACCGCUCUAAAGCCACCUAUCGGCGGUCGGAGCGCGAAGUUUCCGAGUGGCGCCGAUCGAAGGAGAUAACGACCAAGGGUCGUGAGCUGCCGGACCCGAUAUUCACCUUCGAGGAGAGUGGCUUUCCGGCGGAAAUAAUCGACGAGCUCCGGUACGCCGGUUUUACGACGCCGACACCGAUCCAGGCACAAGGCUGGCCCAUUGCCCUUUCCGGCCGCGAUAUGGUGGGCAUCGCGAAGACGGGCUCGGGCAAGACGCUGUCGUACCUGAUACCGGCCCUAAUCCACAUCGACCAGCAGCCGCGUUUGCGGCGCGGAGACGGACCGAUCGCCCUCAUCCUGUCGCCAACGCGCGAACUCGCCCAGCAGAUCAAACAGGUGGCCGACGAUUUUGGGCGGGCACUAAAGUACAAGAACACGUGUCUGUUUGGCGGUGGCAAAAAGCGUAAGCAGCAGGACGACCUCGAGUAUGGCGUGGAGAUUGUCAUCGCGACGCCGGGCCGGUUGAUUGAUUUCCUGUCCACUAACCAGACGAACCUGCGGCGCUGCUCGUACCUCGUGCUGGACGAAGCGGACCGCAUGUUGGACAUGGGUUUCGAGCCGCAGAUACGCACAAUCAUUGAACAGAUCAGACCCGACCGCCAGACGCUGAUGUGGUCGGCCACGUGGCCGGAUGUGGUGGCACGGUUGGUGAAGGACUAUUUGAAGGACUAUGCACAGAUCAACGUGGGCUCGCUGAAGCUGGCGGCCAACCACAACAUUCUGCAGAUUAUCGACGUGUGCCAGGAGUCGGAGAAAGAGGCCAAGCUUAGCAUCCUGCUGCGCGAGAUAAUGGCCGAGAAGGAAUGCAAAACCAUUAUCUUUAUCGAGACGAAGAAACGGGUCGACGACAUUACGCGCAAGGUGAAGCGCGACGGAUGGCCAGCCCGCUGUAUUCACGGGGACAAAUCGCAAAACGAGCGCGAUUCAACGCUGAAGUCAUUCCGUACCGGGAGGACACCAAUCUUGAUUGCAACCGAUGUAGCGGCCCGGGGACUUGACGUGGACGAUGUAAAGUUCGUGAUCAACUUUGACUUUCCAACCACGUCAGAGGACUACAUUCAUCGUAUCGGCCGCACGGGACGGUGCGACAACACGGGCACGGCGUACACUUUCUUCACCCCAAACAACGCGGCCAAGGCGCGCGAUCUGAUCGAUGUGCUGAAAGAAGCGAAGCAAGUUAUCAACCCGAAGCUGGUCGAGCUGGCGAACAUGAAGCUCAAAACCAGAGGUAAUCGCCAUAUGAUUUCGCGGUAUCCACGCGAACGACGUUCCUCUCGUUCGCGAUCCAACAGCCGAUCACGAUCGCCAGUCGGGCGCCGGUCACGUUCCCCCGUCGCUCGUGGCCGUCUGCCGGAAAGAAGACGAUCACCCGCGUCUCGUUCUCGCUCGCGAUCGAUUCGCCGCCAGUCGGUGGGCCGCCGGGACAGGGGCAGGGGAACGAGUGUGGGACGGCGCAGUGUAUCGAGAGAUAACCGGCGCAGUCCGCGUAGCCCGCGCCGCAGCCGUAGUCCUAGCAGGCGCCGCUUACUGCCAGUGACACGGAAACCGUCGCGCUCCCCACCAAAUCGGAGUCCCGUUGGGCGACGCAAUGGUCGCGAGCAACGCAAUGGCGGGCGAUCACCGAGCCGGGACCGGAAUCGAUCGGACCGUGGUGAUCGUGAGAAGGAACGCGACAGGGAACGGGACAGGGAGCGGGAUCGGGAGCGGGAUCGCGACCGCCGUCGGCACAGCCGAAGCCGCAGCCGGAGCCGCAGCGGCGGCGGCGGCGGCGGCGGCGGCCGUCGCUACGGUUCCGGUAGCAAUGGAAACGGAAGGAAAUCUUCGUACGAUCGCUACUAGAGCGUGGCGUGGCCACAGUGCGAAAUAUACAACGACGAAGCACGAGUGAGAUGCGUGAGUGGCCUGACUUCUGCUUCACAGGACCCUAUCGACAGCAAAAACAGCGCGUCAUGAAUGUCAAGGUACAAACUUAAAGGGGAAUGUGCGGAACGAGAAGAACUUACCUUUUUAUACAAAAAAAGAGAAAACUUUAGGGUAUGAACCAAAGGGUUAUUUCGCAGUUCCGGCCCAUUUCCUGGAAUUAUCGGCCAAAUCAAAUCGUCGCCCAAUCAUCUUUGAGGUAUUAGCAGCAAAUUGAACAAUCGAAUCAAUUCCUACCACCUUACACUUCACCUGUGGACAUUAGUGCAACGGUCGGUGGCCAGUGCAAUUUUAUCGCUUCGGCACUCGCAAAACAAAACUGGCCACAGCCACAGUUCCCCGAGAGCUUAGAAGAAAUAGAGAGAGGGAGAGGGAAAGCGAGAAAGAGCAUAUGAAGUUAGUAGCAUAGACGUUACAAUUGACUAAUGGUUCUUUUAGUGAGUCGCAAACUAAAGGAUGACUCACGCCACGUAGUUUUAUAUGCAUUAUCCUAUUUAAUCGAAGAUGAGAAAAGAGAUGUUUUUGCUAACCCAAGCUAGAGAUGAAGUUCGAUCACGGAUGCAUGCAUUUUUCAUUAUUAAGCCUUAUUUUGUGGGUUUCUCCUAAGAGCCCCUCCGGAGUAAGAACUCUCAAAUCUCAGCGCGGCAACCGAAGCAACCCGAAGUGAAUGUGGCAACACGGGCAUACUGUGAUUUAGUCAACAGCUUUGAUUAAAUCAUAUUCAAGAGAAAGACGGAGAGAGAUAGAGAGACAGAUAGAAUCAGAGAGAGAGAGAGAGAGAGAGAGGGAAAAGAGAGAGCACUAUAGAGAGAGAGAGAGGCGAGACAGUCAACAGGACGCUGAUAAUAAGUUGACUGGUUGUUGCCGUUGCUUUGGCGUCCUGCUGCCCUCACAGUUACUUUUGUACGUGCCCCGUUUUACUAUCUCAGAACCCUUGAACGGCACUGGGGUUUCAGCAACUACAAGCAACACCGUUUUUGUAUGUUUAGAAGUAGUGCAGUAAAUAACCAGCAUUAAAAGUUAUGUUUUUUUAAUUCGACACCCUAGCACAUAGGUUGGAAACAAGCGAAAUAGGAAUUAAGGGGUCCGAAAACACGAGAGGGAACCGAAUCCGCCAUGAUGCUGUUUCGGAAGGAAACGGAAGCAAACUGCGUAUGCUGGGAAGGAGAACGGGAAAUGUUUGAAACGGUUUGACUACUUGUAUGUUUACUUUUAUCUAACAUAACAUGUUUCG